GCGAAGGUUUUGUAGUGCGGGCUAAGAGCGGAGGGCUAACAUGGCGAGUCAGUCAGCCGGAAUCCAGCAGCUGCUGCAGGCUGAAAAGAGAGCGGCUGAGCGAGUGGCGGAAGCGCGGAAAAGAAAGAACAAACGCCUGAAACAGGCCAAAGAAGAGGCUCAAGCUGAGAUCGAGCAGUACCGUUUGCAGCGAGACAAAGAAUUCAAAGCCAAAGAGUCUGCUGCUCUCGGCUCUCAUGGCAGCUGCUCAGAAGAGGUGGAAAAAGAGACCUCUGAGAAGAUGUCCAUUAUCCAGCAGAAUUAUGCAAAGAACAGGGAGAAUGUUCUGGAGAACCUGCUUUCCUUUGUGUGUGAUAUCAAGCCAGAAAUCCAUGUGAACUACCGUGUGAAUGGCUAAAAGCAGUAGCAGCAGAGUGUCAGCUCAAGGGCUUUCUUCCCCUUUCCUCUUUUGUUUGUUUUGCCUCAUGUUAUUUAUUGUGCUCUUAGGCACUGAUACCUGUCAUUUUCUCAGAGGUUAAAUUUACCCAGUAUGCAAAUGUUCCUAAUUGGGGAGUGACCACUGAACAUUGUCUCUCACUGUAAUUCCCUGCGUGGGAAGCUGGUUAUACAAUAAGCCAUAUUAGAAGGGCUAAUCUUUGCAAAAAAGAAGAGACUUUCCAGUUCAUUAUGUCAAAGGGGAUGUGAAAGAGAGUUGGGUUGUACUUGGAUUUCCUGUUAGCUUGAGGAAGAAGGGCAUGGGGGCCUGUGUUUUAGUUAGAGUAUUCACUCUUAGGAGAACAGUUUGUACCCGUUUGUACUUCCAUCUUCUUUCCAGUAGUUUCAUUUCUUUCACCUGCUGAAUUAAAACAUUUUGCACUCUUUU